AUGGUCUAUCGGGGACGGCCUUCGACCGGGUGCAAGAAGUGCCGCCAGCGCAAAGUCAAGUGCGAUGAACGGCCCGACGGCUGUCUGCGGUGCGCAGAGCAGCGACUGCCGUGUCCGGGCUACGAUCGCAACAUCGAUGCAUGGUUCCACGACGAGACGGCCAAGGUGCUCGCCAAAUCAAAGCCAUCUCAGCGACGACCGCCUUCUCAUGCAGUGUCAGCAAUCGCCAAGAAAGACAUCGCCUCGCCAAACACUACUCUUGCGUGGGUGCAGGACAAUGUGCCCCCAGGAUACAUGCUCGCUCCGCUUGUUGAUCAGGGCAUCACCUUCUUCAUGACACACUACGCUAUUGGACUGGAUCAACCUUCCAUUGCUUCACGUGCCUACAGCCACCAUCUCUCCACAGAUGGCUUCCACCCCCUCGUCGCCACGACCAUGACCGCCUUGGGUAUAGCUGGAGUUGCGAACCUCUACAUGGACUCAGCCCUCAAGAGGGAGGCCACCCAAUGGUACCUUAGAGCGAUCAAAAUGGCAAAUGCUGCCAUAUCUUCGCCGACAGACGUAAAAAAGGACACGACCCUAGUGGCAGUCAAUCUUCUGACCAUGUUCGAAGCAACUUUCAACAAUGACUCGCUGGUCGGCUGGAGUAAUCACGUCGACGGAUCAGCUCUGCUUGUGAAGCUGCGCGGUCGAGAUCAAUUAAAAACAGUUGCUGGACGGCGCAUGUACCUGCACACCGUUGGACUCGUCACAAUCAACUGCAUGGGCAAAGGGGAAACCAUGCCCGAUUAUGUCAAAGACAUCAACCGCGAAGUAGAAGCCCACUUGGACCAUGGCGAUCCUCGGACCGCCUUCUUCUUUCUGCACCAAAAGACGACUGAUCUUCGCGCCUACGUCUUGAAGCAGACGGCCAGCCAGGUGCCCGACAUCAUCAACCGAGCCCUCGAGCUGGAUGCCUCCGCAAAGUCCAUCUUUGAUCGUGUGAGCCGAGACUGGGACUACCAUACUGUGCCCUGCUUUGAUCAAGUGCCCGGAGUGUUUGGCAGUCAUUACCACAUCUAUCCCACACAUGCGACUGCGCAAACAUGGAACUGGGUGCGAUACAACCGCAUCUACCUUCAUGACAUUAUCCGGGCCGAGAGUAGGCGCUUCUUCCAGAACUUUCGCAGCGAAACUGUCGACUUGUCCAAGACAGGAAACUUGAACGACUGCAUGGAUCGCCUUCCAAUUGUGCGUGUCUCCGGAGGUUACUCAACAGUGUGGGCUCUAUAUGUCGCAGGCUCCAUGCCCACGGCUUCGGCUCCAAGCCAGAAGUUCGUGCUGCAUUGCCUUGAUCGCAUUGAGCAUGAGUUUGGAAUCAUGCAGGCUAGCGUGUUUGCAAAGGCUUUGAGGCUCAAGAUGGAAUUGGAGAAUAGUGGAGAGACACCGCUGUCGUUGUGUCCGCGUUAUCUGCCACCGGACGCCAGCACCGACGUGCCGCAUUCCGACGCGCCAAGCAAGGCUGACUUGAACAGAUCACCGAAAUCGUUGAUUGAUCCUUCAUCGUACACGCUGAACGCGUUGAACGCGAACAUGGUCGCCCUACACGUGUGUAACAUUCUGGUUGUUGGUGCUACAACCAUUCCUCUUGAGCACGUUGCGGGUAGUCACAGCAUGGAUUGGGCACGCAAGAUCAAGUUUAUGUACUCCUGUGCACGAUCCCUAGUACUGCCACUGUGCUAUCAGAGUCCAAGCACACUGUGA